ACCGUUGGUGGGGGUCUCCUUUUAUACCGAAGGGGAUGCCACAGGUGCCACGGUGCAUGGGUGACAAAUGGCGAGAAAAGAACUCGGGCAGCUUGCCGUCGCUGCGCUGGCUUUCAUGCAGGAUGGGUAGCCCUGCAAAUAGGGUCCUACGUGCCUCGGAUUUACACCGGGCCAGUCACUGUAGGCUGACUGGAUGGGGAAUCCCCUUUCUGUCGGUGCAUGUAAUGCUUGAGUGUGCUUCACUCCUUGUCUUGGCAAACCCUGUGCACGGGGGGGCCGCCGAGCGGCCACGUGGUGUUGCUGUCCUGCCCACUCGGUCCCACUCCUGUAACGGGCGCCUGCGCCCGGGAACGCACUUCCCGGCAAGUAACCUUCCCGGGAAGCGCCCGUGCGGGAUUUCUCUUGCUGCCCUCCAGGGCAACCCCCGCAGCCCGGAUAGCCCUGCUGUGCUGGUGACUUGCCGGGCAGCUCGCGGGGUGCUGCCCGGGAUGCGAUCCUCCCGGCGAGCAAGCGAGGUGGCCCACGCGUCAUGCAGCGGUGGUACCCCGGGUGCCACUGGUGCGACAUGAAGAAAAUGGUGAUGAGCCAGGUCCUCUGGAACUUUGGAAGUGUACUCAUAACAAGGGAGGAAAAUGGUCAAAUGAGAUGGCUGAGCGAGUUUAUAGUAAUGCAUUGAAAAGGGUGGAGGGAGAAUCAGAAACCCUGAAACUUACAGUUGGUGAGGAAGAAAUUAUUUUCCAGAAUGUAUACAAGGAAACAACAGGAACCAAACCAACCAAGGUACUUGGUUGUGGAUACUUGGCGACGUAUCCAAGUAAAACCCAAGUGCUUCAAGAAAAAUUUGAUCGACAAGCACGCGAGGUUGAACAUUUAAAAGAACGGCUUGCAAAGGAAGCUGCUGACCGGGAAGCAUCAAGGGAAGAACUCAAAAACUCCCUUAGAGAAGAACUGACAAAAGAGUCCAAUGCUAUAAUGGCUAAGAACAUGGAAUUGGCUCUUGUACAGAAGAAUACACCUACAACCAUCAAUUUAACAGCAGCUGCAACUACGGGCAAUGAUGCAAACAAAAAUGUACCUGCGGCCGAUGAGGAUAGAAACGAUCUUGCGGCCAAUGGGAAUACAAAUGUACCUGCGGCCGAUGAGAUCACAAGUGAGACUGCGGCCAAUGGGAAUACAAAUGUACCUGCGGCCGAUGAGAUCACAAGUGAGACUGCGGCCAAUGGGAAUACAAAUGAGUCUGCGGCCAAGAAGAAUACAAUUGAUGCUACAACAACACCACAUACAGCAGACACGUUGCAAAAGACUGCCCCUACAACCAUCGAUGCAGCAGAACCUCCAGAUAGGAGCACUGAGGAGACCACUGAGGAUGCACCACCACCUACGAAUGAAGCACGACCACCGCAGACAUCAGAAAAACUGCAAGAGACACUGCCAUUGAACAUUGCGGGCAAAAAAAAUCGCAAUGGCAAAUUUGCGAAAUGUUCCAAGGGUCUGUUCAAGGGGGAUGGUAAGGAUGGUGCUAAUGUGGCACCUAACGCAUAUAUUAGUUCACAACAGCUGUUUCAACAUGCUAAAACGCGAUCAGCAUUAACGAAGAUGAAAAAACAGGAAGAUGUAUCUCGAAUGAGGCCAUAAGACUCAAGAUUGCUCAGCACCUGAAGGCAUGCCAUGUUUUUUAAUCUUGAUGAUCUGCCGUGACAUUCUUAGUUUCAUAGAUUGAGUUAGGAUAUUUUAAAGAGACUCGAUAUUUACAAGUAAUGUUUCAGUAUGGAUGUGCUCUUCUAUUAUUGUACGGUUUUGUAAUAGUGAA